AUGUUGCACUCAUCUCGCAGACUUUUCUCAGUCGCGUUCUUACCCCGCGUGGUGGUGCUCGGUGUGACCGGUGGUAUUGCCAGCGGAAAGUCUGUACGCUGUCAACAUUUGCUCCGACUUGCAGAGGCCCGAUCGCGGCAGUCCGUCAAUUCCUUUGCCACGCACAAUAUUAAUGCAGACAUCAUUGGACAUAACAUCUACACCCCAGGAAUGCCGUGUUAUUACGCCGUCAUAGAUGCAUUUGGAAAACAGAUAUUGACAGAACCUCUUGAAAGUAAUAAUAAUAAUAAUAAUAAUAAUAAUAAUAAUAAUAAUAAUAAUAAUAAUAAUACUCUGGCUACCGCUUCACCUAGUUGCAGUGAACCUCCAAUUGAUAGAAAGAAACUUGGCGCAAUUGUAUUCCACGAACCACGUUCAAAGGAACUAGAGAAGCUUAGUAAUAUCUGUUGGCCCUAUAUUCAUGAAGCGGUUGAGGAAGAAAUUGAAAAGGUCUCUAAUAACGCUUUAUCAAAUAAUAAAAAUCUACUACUUAUUAUUCUAGAAGCUGCACUCCUCGUCGAAAGUAGCUUAAUGACAUUCUGCGACGAUAUGUGGAUUACAGAAUGUAACAGGGAUGUUGCCAUUAAACGUGUAAUGAAACGUGAUGGUGUGAGUGAGGUGGAAGCCAAGGCCCGUGUGGAGACACAGUCAUCAUUAGAGGAGAAACUCCGCUUUCUAUCCGAUAUAAAGUUCAAGGGAGGCAUUGUGAGUUUUGACACUACUACAGACACACUGGAGGAGGGACUAAAGCGUGUCACUUCUGAAUUUGACAAAUAUUGGCGAUUGAAGUUGAAUCCACUUCAGAAAAACCCAGAUGCAGAGACUAGAUCAUGGGAUACGAAAUGA